AUGAGUUUAUCGUUUCUGUUGAUUUGGUUGUACCAUGAUGUUCUACUAAUCUGUGAGAUUUCUCUUGAUUCUCUCAAACUUCCACCUCCAGUCUGCUUGAAUUAUACAAUCAUUUAUCAGGGAGCAACUUCCAUUUGAUAUAUUGUGGUUGGAGAUGGUUGUAAUUUUCCCUAUGAUACCAUUUACGAAGAUAUAUUGCUCUCGCCGAUAAGUAAUUCAGGAUUACCGCGGAACUGAUUUAGUUGACGAAACUCAUACACUUUAUUGCUCAUUUUAUACUCCCAGCUGUUCAAGAAACCUUUCUGUCAUUGUUAGUAGUCGAGGUUUGAAUGUCAAUCUAUGUUAGUCGGACUCUUCAAUUGAUGACAAGUACGCGUGCCGGAUCCUUGACUAUUCAACAUGGGAUAUUUGAUCCAUGAUAGAUUAAUUGCUCUCAGUUGAAUGCAUUUUGGGGUGUCCAUGUUGAGUCUAAUGUGGGUGUUCUUUCCGGGAGUGAUCCAGUGGUUAGGCAAAUCAGAGAGUGCAAAUGAAUGCAUAUAUGCCCAUGCCUCGGCAGAUGUCUUCUUUUUCAAAGUGUUCCAUGUUUGAUCAUGAAUUUCCUAUGCAAUUGUGCAUUAGUAGUUUGUAAUGAGUUUACAAAGACUCCAGCGGCUUUUGAGGGGGUUGUUGAAGGGUGUUGUUAAUAUCGGAUUUGGUCUAUCUUUAUCUGGGAAGAGAAAUAUGCUGUAGAAACUUGUUCGAGGAAUUUUCGGGUUCCCAGAUUUGAAUGAUUACACAGUAUAUACAGGCACACAGCUGUUGGGUCUUCAUCUAAAUAUUCAGGUUUGCUGGUAUUCAUUUUUAGGAUUAGGAAAUUUUCCUUCAAUAUACUAUUUUAGGAGAUCGAAAGUCACUUGAUAGUGUGACGAGGUCUCUUUUCUAGUGAAUGUUUAUUCUAUUGGCAUUGCACCAGGCAAAAAUUCAAGUGCAAGUGUGUCUAGUGUGACGACGGUGUUGGAUAAUCUAACACUUAAAAUUGACCUGUCUUAUUAUGAAUUUGGGAUAUGCAUCAUACUCGAAGACGCCAAAGUACGUUAUUCAUUUUUUUGGGGGUUAAUUUAAGCAAAUUCUAAUAGUUUUCAUAGAUAAUCAAACCAAGUUUUCAUUAAUGGAUGUUUAUGCAAAAUAUUUUCAUUGAUGGAUGCUUAUGCAAAAUAUUGUUGGUGUUUUCUUCAAUUGAGUCGGUUAAGUAAAUUACUUUACAAAUCAACUUUUUUUUUGGAUCAGUCGAUUUCAAAUAUUUAAUUAUGUUAAUUUUUGAAUUAGGCCAAUUGCGGCUAGUGAGUCAAUGUUUUGUUUUGGCUAAAUUAGGUUUCUAAGAUCCUAUUUCAGACAUAAACAACAUACAAUUCAAAAUGAAGUUAUCUUAUUCAAUGUCAACUAAUUCAGACGAUGUUAGUUUGUAAGUCCACCAUAAUACUAGCAAAUUUCGAAACAAAUUCUCAAAAUCUCGACAAUACUUCGAGCGAUAUUAUAACAAUUACUGUUGACGAACAAACUCUAGGCCUACAAAGCUACAACCAAACUAUUUACCGUCCGUAUUUCCUAAAAAUCGUCCGUAUUUUUUUCAAGAUUUUCCUAAACUGCCAUUUUGUAUACGUGCCUUGGUGGCGGUAAAAAAAUUUAAAAGACCAACCACAUUCUAUUGGUGGUUGUCCGCGAUAGUAAGGUGGUGCUCCGUGAUGGUGGUGGUGCGUGAGUGGGGCUUCGGUGGAGGUGCUCCGCCGGUGGUGGUGGUUGUACACUGAUGGUGGAGGUCUGAGAGAUGGAGUGAGGUGAAGUUGGAUGAGAGGUCAGAGAGUAAGAGUGAGGUGAAAGGAGAGGGGUAUGAGAGACAUUUUAAGGAAAAAAUACAAACGAUUUUUAGUAAAUACAAGCAAUAAAUAGCAAUUGGGAAAUAUUUCACUCUGAGUCUCCCAAUAAUACCCUCACAAAUUCAAAUCACAAAAUCUUCCCUCCUUUCUCUCUCUUCACCGAAGCAAAAUCAAUGGCGCCCCAAAUCCGUAAACCUCCGCAAAGACCCCCUCAACCACCCAAUAAACCCCAGCAAAAUCAACAAAUUAACAAGCAGUUGAAACCGCAAAACCCUAACAUCAAACGAAAUUGGUCAAUUGCCGAUUUCGAGAUCGGAAAACCCUUAGGAAAGGGCAAAUUCGGUAGGGUUUACCUCGCACGCGAUACCAAGAGUAAAUAUAUAGUGGCAUUGAAGGUGAUAUUCAAGGAGCAAAUUGAGAAGUACAGGCUGCACCAUCAAUUGAGGAGAGAGAUGGAGAUUCAGAUGAGUUUACGGCACCCGAAUGUUUUGAGACUUUAUGGAUGGUUCCAUGAUGAUGAUAGGAUUUUCUUGAUCCUUGAGUAUGCUUUUAAGGGUGAGCUCUAUAAGGAGCUCCGUAGAUCAGGUCAUCUUCCUGAGAAGCAGGCCGCGACGUACAUUGCAAGUUUGACAGAAGCAUUGGCGUAUUGUCAUGACAAGAAUGUCAUCCACAGGGACAUCAAGCCGGAGAAUUUGUUGCUUGAUCAUGAGGGUCGUUUGAAGAUUGCAGAUUUUGGGUGGUCUGUGCAGUCGAGAAACAAGAGACACACAAUGUGUGGAACUCUUGACUAUCUAGCACCAGAAAUGGUGGAAAAUAAAGCCCAUGAUUAUGCAGUGGACAACUGGACUCUUGGCGUCCUCUGUUAUGAGUUCUUGUAUGGAGUACCUCCAUUUGAGGCUGAGAACCAACGUGAUACUUUUAGAAGAAUCAUGAAGGUUGAUUUAAACUUUCCAGAGGCACCCCAAGUUUCCUCGGAAGCAAAGGACUUAAUUAGCCGACUUCUGGUGAAAGACUCCUCGAAGAGGCUCUGUCUGCAGAAGAUACUGGAGCACCCUUGGAUCCUAAAUAAUGCAGAUCCCCGUAGGAAUAUGUUUUAAAUAGAUCUUUAUCAUUCACCAAGUGACCGAGCAAGUCAAUGAGGAUGUACGCAGUGCUGUAUCAAGAAUGUAUUAGUGAUCACCACUGUCAAGAUAUUAAAUAUUUUUUGGAUGUCAUUGUUGAAGGUUGUGGCUCUUGUUCCCGGUAAGAAAUUGAUCCUCCAAAUCUUAUUCUUCUGUGCAGUAACCUAUAGGCUAUAGUAGUUAAUGUCGUGUUAUUUAAUCAUAUUUCGUCUCCCUAGCUUUUAAUUAUGUUCUGUUGAGAAAACAUGUAUAACAUAUUCCUUUCAUUAUGUAAAUUCUUUCACAUGGAAAGAUGCUAUAUAACAUGAAAUCCUUGCAUGGGUUGUAAGUUAGAUGAGAAGCAUAUCACUUGUGGAGCUAAAUACUGUAUAGUUGGUAUUCCUUAGCUUAUUUUUGACACAUGGUUAGAAUUUAGAAAUAUGAUCCACGGGAGAAAUAUGAUGAAUUGACUUUA